UGUCCCGCCGAGAGCAGUUGGAUUAACGGAUUUUCCCACGAUUAUUGUGUAUUGACCAUUAAAUAGUCAAACUUCUUAAAUGAUCCCGAAUCACCUUUGACUUACCAAUAUACAUGUAGAAUAUGAUGGAGAUUUAUGCAUCAUCGCGGCAUUUAUUCUUGCUUGUUUGCGUCAUCGGGUCAAUGGGGACAACCCUGGCAGCACACCGGCCUUUACGCAUGGUGGUGAAAGAAUUCAGAAUUCCGUUAAACCAAAACGCCGCCGACCUAGGCACAGCUGAUCAGAGUGUACAAUCACAGAACGGGGCGUCAGUUGGCAGUUCCACGUCGACCAGUGCAGAAAGCGAAGAGAGUCAACAGCCAAGCGACGCAGCGUCAGCCGCGAAUAACGCUGUCGGAACUCCGGCUGACGCGGCUAAUCGUCUUAACCCAAUCAAACGGAUCAUACCGGAUCAUUAUGGGCCUUCUGUUGGUGAUCCAUACAGGAAAUCAGCCCAGGAUAAUCACUGGCAUUUUAGGAGCUCGACGACAUUGGCGGUAGCUGCCCUUGGAGUUGCUCUGGUAGCGCUUAUUGCAUCACUCGGGGUUGGAGCCGCCAUAAUGUCCCAGAAGAACAGACAGGAGGCCGCAACGGGAUUCCUCAGGACCGAGGGAUACGUCGAAAUGCUUGAAAUACCAACUUAUGAUGAACAAGAGUUAUGUCGUAACGUCAAUUCAUAGCCGACAUUGAGAUUGUGCAUAUAUGUGGAACACUUGCAGUGUGGUGUUACUGGUCAGUGAAAGCGGUGUAUGGAACCAUGUGCGGCAAAUUUAUGGCAUUGUUCUAGAGGACAGGGGUGGGGAUGAGAUGAAUCUCACCCAAUG